UAGUUUAUUCCUUGAAAAUAAAUUUAGCAGUAAUAUGUAUUUAUAAAAUAAAAUAUACUUUAUUUUUACCUUUAUAAUUAGUUGCCAAAUUUUAAAUAAUCAAGUUAAAAUUGUGGAAGGCAUGGUGGUACCAUGGAUGACUUUUCUUGCAUGGCUGACAUCCAUAUACUGUCUAUAAAAAGGAGAAAUUUGUGCUAAUUGUUAACUACUCUCUCAAUUCUCUAAGCAUGGCAACCAAUUUGCUUCUUCCACCUGCUGCUAGAAGACUAGAAGGUAAGGUGGCACUGAUCACUGGGGCAGCUACGUCCAUUGGCGAGUGCAUUGCCAGAAGCUUUUGUAAACACGGGGCCAAAGUGGUAAUCGCUGAUAUUCAAGAUGAUUUAGGUCAAUCAGUAGCAAAGGAUCAUGGACAAGACGUAGCCAUGUUCGUUCACUGCGAUGUAUCUGUAGAAUCAGACGUUAAAAAUGCAGUCGACACUGCAGUUUCCAUCUUUGGUAAGCUCGAUAUAAUGGUGAACAAUGCAGCCACUGGUGAGCCCCGCAAGCCUAGCAUCGUCGACAAUGACUUAGCUGACGUUGAGAGAGCUCUCAGAGUGAACUUGAUAGGACCUUUUCUAGGCACCAAACACGCUGCUCGGGUGAUGAUUCCUGCUCGACAAGGUAGCAUAAUCACUCUUGGCAGUGUUUGUUCCAGCGUAGGUGGUGUUGCUUCUCAUUCAUACACCAUUGCGAAACAUGGAAUAGUAGGUCUAGCAAGGAAUGCAGCUGCCGAGCUUGGACGGUUUGGGAUCAGAGUAAACUACUUAUCUCCUUACUUCAUUGAAACCCCAUUGUCUAUGAAGUUAUUUGAGGAGGAGGAGGAUGGACGUUCUGGUGUGUAUUCAAAUCUUGAAGGGGUCAAACUGAAACAAGAAGAUGUAGCUGAAGCUGCUAUUUAUUUAGCAAGUGAUGAAUCCAAGUUUGUCAGUGGACAUAAUCUAGCACUAGAUGGUGGUUUUACCACUAUUAAUCCUGCUUUUGGCUUGUUUUCAAGGUUUUAAAUCACAUGCUAUUGUUUCUUCUAGAUGAUAUGUUUCUCCUAGACGAGAUGUUAAUGGUCUCUCUUCUAAUUUAACUAAGGUCUCGAGUUCAAACCUUAGAUAUGUAGCUGUGUUAAAACUCUUGAUACAAUAUUUUACUACUUGUAUUUACCACCUGCAAAAGUCCUAACCGGUAUGCUCUAGAUUAAAUCUAGAUAUGUACACACACAAAAAUCACGGCCUAGUGAAGAGAUAAGCAAAAUCUCAAUCCAUCUAUCUGUAUUUAGAAAGUAAUAUAUAUAUGAUUUCCUGCA